AUGUUGGAAAAAACCGUUUCCCACGUUUGGGGCCAGCUAAAGGCUGUUAAACCUGCGUUUAUGUCCAAGAAACCGCAUUUCAGCUUCAUCACUGCUCAUUACUUUUGGAUUAUUGGGGCAACAAUCGUAGGUUCGAUUGCCAUUUUUGCCGGUGGCAAGGGCGAACUGGCCUACAUUGAUGCGUUGAUGUUUGCCAGCGGUGCGAAUACGCAGGCCGGGCUGAACCCUGUCGACUUGAACCGUCUGAAUGGAUUUCAACAAGCUAUGAUCUAUCUGUUCUCCAUCACUUCAAAUCCGAUCACACUCCAUGGCUUUGUGGUAUUUCUGCGCUUGUACUGGUUUGAGAAACGUUUUCGAAGUUGGGCACGAGAGAUUCGAUCUCGGCGCCGAACUCUGACCAAAUCAAAAUCGAAAGCCCGAAAUGACACGCAUCUCGCUGAGCAAGGCGUCAAUGGUCGAGAUAUCACACUCAUGCCACAUAAUGGCCGAAAACAGAGGAUCACAAACGAUGGCAUUCUCUUGGACGACGGUCAUGAACUCCAGCACAACGCUCAAUUUGCCAACAAGAGUGACGGAAGCGACACAACGACCGCCACCAAUGACCAUCCUGACGUAACUGAGCCCAACUCGUUGGAGAAAUCAGAAGACUCGCCCCAAGAACAUGGAGCUGGCGAUCAUCAGAAGAGUAGCCUCCCAGGCCACACGGCCAUCACUUUUGCAGAUACUGUCAAAAGAAGCGACGGACUGGGCGACGAGGAAACCAAGUUCCCUCAAAGACGGACAAAUGCCGAGCACAUUGCGAUUGUGGAGAGACAGCGCAAUCAAGAUGAUGACGAGGUCCUCCGUAUCCCUGGCCCACGAGAUGCAGAGCGUGGCUUGGGACCUAGACGACUCGAAGCGGGCGACUUGGAUAAAGACGAUAACCGACUUGCGCGUUCGCUGACAGCUGAAACCUCUCCCAAUAAUGCCGCUCAGCCGGGCCCUAUACGCGAACGACAGCCAACGAUCGUCAUUGCUGAACCUGAAAAGCAUCGCCGCCGGGAAGAGAUCGAAGACAAUAUCAAAGCGAUUGGUGGUACCAUGGAUGCUCUACGAUUUCGCAAGCCCCGCAUCUUCAACAAUUCUCAAAACAAGUUUCACGAAGAUGCAGACAAUGCAAGACCGGCCAAACCUGUCCGCACGCGAACACUGGACAAUAUCCGUUCCGUGCUGUCCAGUUCCAAGACCGAAGAUAUGCCAUACCUCUCCUAUACACCUACUAUGGGCCGAAACUCGAAUUUUGUUGGCUUAACUCUGGAACAGCGCGAAGAACUUGGCGGGAUUGAAUAUCGAUCGUUGAGGACACUCGCAGUCGUCCUUUUGGUCUACUUUUGGGGGUUCCAUCUAGUAAUUCUGGCCUGUCUAUUGCCCUUUAUACUGCAUAAUAACCAUUAUGGAGAUAUCGUGAUUGCCGAUGGCGUGUCAAGAACUUGGUGGGGGGUUUUCACAUCUAAUGUUGCCUUUAUGGACGUUGGCUUCACCCUCACACCUGACAGCAUGAUCUCGUUCAACACAUCCGCCUUUUGCCUGAUGGUAAUGUGGUUCUUUAUUAUCAUUGGAAAUACAGGUUUCCCGGUCAUGCUGCGCUUUAUUAUUUGGAUCGCCGCCAAGCUCGCCCCUGUCGGCUCGGGAAUAUGGGAGGAACUUCGGUUUCUACUCGAUCAUCCGCGGCGUUGCUUCACACUAUUGUUUCCCUCUGGUCCAAGCUGGUGGUUGUUUUGGAUCCUGGUUGUGCUGAACGCCGUCGACUUGUUAUUUUUCAUGGUUCUCGAUCUUGGCGGCGAGCCUAUUGCUAAGCUGAGUGUUAGCAACCGGGUUGUCAUUGGCUUUUUUCAAGCUGCGUCCACAAGAACAGCUGGCUUCUCUGCCGUUGCCAUGUCGCAGAUUCACCCGGCAAUUCCAGUUCUCUACCUGAUCAUGAUGUACAUUUCCGUCUUUCCUAUCGCUAUUUCCAUUCGUCGCACAAAUGUCUACGAGGAGAAGUCUCUUGGCAUGUACCAGCCGAGUCAUGUGGAAGACGACCAGGAUGCCAGUGCUUUGUCCUAUGUUGGGACUCAUCUGCGUCGCCAACUGUCCUUCGACUUGUGGUACGUCUUCCUGGGAUUUUUCAUCAUCACUAUCAGUGAGGGUGCAAAGAUUGUGGCGGGCAGAUUCUCCUUGUUCGACAUUCUCUUCGAAGUCGUGAGCGCUUAUGGUACUGUGGGGCUGAGCAUGGGUGCCAUCGGGGUCAAUGCCUCUCUAUGCUCCCAAUUCUCUGUCAUUGGUAAGCUGGUUAUCGUGGCCAUGGAAAUUCGUGGUCGUCAUCGCGGCCUGCCCUAUGGUCUCGACAGGGCUAUCCUUCUUCCCAGCGAGUCAAGGUUUAAGAAAGAAGCAGAAGAGCAAGAAGCAGCAUUGGCGAGAACUAACACAGCUAUCACACAUGGAACAACUGCAUCUGGCAUUCAGCGUCAAGACACCAAUUUGACUCGGACUCGGACUCCAAGCCACGAGCAUAUCCGAGUCAACAGCAACAUUGUUGCGAAAUUGCUACAUCCUGGACCUGUUGUUCAGCGGGAGGGCCCAUCGCAUCAGCGCAUGAGCUCUACAGACGUCCAUGGUCAUCCUCUCGGGCCGGCGAGAACUGUUUCUCAGCCCAAUCCCGACGACGAACAAAUAGAUGAAUUGGCUCCGUUGCCCAGUACUGGAUCAAGGCCAUGGAAUCGGAGAGCAGAUUCUUCCCCAGUGUCUUAG